AUGAGCUUGCUCGACGGCGCACAGAACGACGGGCGAGCGGAAGGCCUAGCUGCACACCCAUCAGCUCCCACUGCCACUGUGACCGAGGUGCCGGCAGAAGACGAACCUACAGACCCCGACAUGGAUAUGGACGUCCAGGACAUGGGCCAUGUGGCUGACAGGACGCUGGCGACCGAGAAGCCCCUCGUCGCACCGCCUCCGUCGACCACGAGGCCAAUCCUACAACGCAACGCUUUGCAGCGGGCAGCUCUCGACUCAUCGCAGCACGGAGGCAACUCUGCGACCCCGAUGCCGCAGGCGCCCGCGCCGCCGCUCCCCACCGACUCCCUCUCCCUGGCGCAGCUUCGCAAGAUUGUCAACGAGGUGAACAGGCCCGAGCAGCCGGCCUACGACUUUGUUUACGCCGACAUGGGACCACACGCAGAAGAGAUUGACGAGUGGUUCAUGUACCAGUUCUGGCAGUGGGUGCGCCUCAGCUCCGCGCAAAAGGCAUUCGAGUGGCACUGGAACCACGAAACGAUGGCCAGCGGCCAGAGCGGUCACGAGGUGGCCUGGGAGGAUGCGGACAACGACACCCGCACCCGCUUCGUGCAGGCGGCGAUCGCGGGUGUGCAAUGCAAUGACGCGGCGCUGCGCUCGGCCUCGAUCGGAAAGCUGGUCUAUCUGGUACUGGGGCGCUGGGGGGACACGGCUAUGCCAAAUACCGCGGCGUCUGACGAUGAACAUGAGAAAUCUGGCGAUGGAGCGACCAGGAGCAAGGGACCCGGAAAAUCAAUUGCAAGCACGAUGCAGCUACAGGCGAUCAAGGCCGGUGUCGAAUGCCUCGCGUCACUGGAGGGGUUACCGGUCGUGUGGGAGGCUCUGAGGCAUGCAUUUGAGCUGCAUUGGUCUGGAGACGUACCGAACCCACAGUCAGCUGGCCAGGGUAGUCCCCAGGAGCCAUACGAUGAGUUGAUGAAUCUCAUGACCAUUAUGUAUAUUGCUCUGCAAGAAGUUCUUAGCGAUCCUGAAGACAUGGCUGCGUCAUACGGGAAACUGCUCGAGCUGCAGCCACCUCUUACCGAAUUCAUGAUGACGGCGACAAUCAAACUGAGAUGGGAUGACCACAAUGUUCUCCCGCAAACACAAAUACUACUGCUAUUUUGGAAGUCGAUCUUGCUCGUGUUUGGCGGCACCAAUGACCUGCAAAGAGUCAAAAAGGCCACCAGCGAGCUCAGCGACAACCAAGAGAAGCAAACAAUCACUGCCUCGCCGCUAGACUACCAUGUCUUUCGCCAAGAAAUAACCUCCAAAUAUCCAGCAUACGUGCCUCCACGACCCGUCAUUCCCCUCGAAGACGAAAAUACCUCUUUACUUCCCCCGCUUCCUCAACAUACAACCAGAAAUAACGGCUCCAAUGGCAUUCUUUCUGGGCCGACGAACUCACAAAUUGGUGGCGCCAGUAUUCUACAUCAGCCAGUGCACAUUGCUACCCCAGCCCCAUCACCGCCGCCAUCGCCGGGUGUCGGAGGCAAAGGCGGCAAGAAACAAAAUUAUCAGACAAACCAGAACUUUCCAUUCAUGUACCCACCGCUUGACGCCACAAGUAAUAGCGCUGGCGGCAAGGGGCUAGCGGCUCUCAACGACACCAUCAACCGCCGAUGGGAAGGGAGCGAUAUUCCCGCGUCCAUCCUUGAAGCGGGCGAACUGUUCUCUACGAGAGUACGGAUGACAAGAGCCACGAGGCAGUUGUGGGACGAGAGAGAGGCAUUUCUCAAAUUUGAGCGUGGGUGGGAACCGGAUGAGGAAGAAGAUGAUGACAUUGAAGAGCUACUAGACUUGAGCGAGCUCACAGAAGAAGAACGAGAAUUGAUCAAGGAGGCCAAAGGCGAACUUAAGGAAGUACGCAAACCAACUGUGCCAGCAGAAGUUGUCGAUUAUGGUCCGCGGAAAGAGAAGAUGAGCGACCGGGACAAGAAGCGCUUGGAAGCUGUGGAAAGCUUUUAUCACCAAGCAGUGCCACAUUUACAGUCUUUGGUUAUUGUUUUGCUGCGGCCAGUGUUUGCCAAUGUUGCGGCCAUAGUAGCACAGCAGGCUCCGCAGUCGCAUACGAACCAAGGCACAUCGGGACGCAACGGGCCUGGCAUGAACAACGGGCCCGGCAUGAACAACGGGCCCAAUGCCGAUAAUGGAAAACCAGGCGGCGAACCCCCCGAACAGUCGCCGGAGGAAGUGGAUGCUGCUAGAACUAGGGAGGUCACGACAAAGGCCAUGUCGGGUAUCCUGGUGUUGCUGCUAAAAUGGCUGCGACUAUCGCAUGUUUUACGAUUCGAGUAUUUGACUCAACUUUUGUUGGACUCCAAUUAUAUACCCCUUGUGCUCAAGCUCUUCGCACAUCAAGACGUACAGCAAGUUGUCGACAGCAAAAUGGAUCGGCUGGAGAACAGUUUCUUCACUUUUUGCAAUCUACGAUGCCGAUUUAAGGACAGGAUGGAUAGCGAUCUUGAGCAUGAGGAUGAAGAUGAAGAAGGCGAAGACCAACCUAAAGGUGCGGGCGAGCCGGAAAACGAGGCCGAGGAAAGUGACGACAGCGCAGCGCCGCCACCGAUUAGAAGACGCCGGUCCCCGCCAGCAGAGGGGGUACAUAAUGAACAGACAGCAGAGCCGACAAGCCAGCCUUCCGAGACAGAUGGCAAUCGGAAUAUGCGACCCGAGGUAGACGAGCUCGGCUACCCAGUCAACGAUCUGCCUAUGGAGCCAAUUACCGACUUUUCGUGGCGCAAUUUCUUUUCGCUGAUCAAUUACUUGCGCGUGAUGCAAAAGAUAUGCAAGGGCAAGGCGCACCGCAACCUGCUUCUGGUGCAGUACAAGUCGUCGACGAUACUGCGCAAGUCACUACGGAUCCCGCAGCCGGAGCUGCGGCUGUACACGCUAAAGCUAUUCAAGAACCAGGUGCCAUACUGCGGGCGGAAAUGGCGCCAGAGCAACAUGCGCGUCAUAACGGCAGUGUACCUGCACUGCCGGCCGGAGCUGCGCGACGAGUGGCUGGCUGGUAGCGACAUUGACGCCGAGGUGGACUCGGCGCUGCCACUCGAACAGGCGCUGCGCGGCCUCACCCACUGGUUCAACGUCCGGCGGUACCCGGAUAAGACGCUCGGCGACAUACCCACCACGGCGACUGAGCACAAGGAUAGGCAGCAGCAGCAGCAGCAGAAGCAGCGUGGGCAAACGUUUCAGCAAGACUUUUUCACCCGCGAGCUGGAGAAGCUGGACCUGAACUGGGCAGAAGUAGGUGGAGAUGAUGGCACAGGCGAGAUGGAGAAUUGGUAG